CAGAGCACUCUCUGUGUUUGUUUUUUCCACACACUAUUGAGGGGACACAACUCUAGUCCUUGCAUGCAUGGUUUGCUUCAUAGGACACUGCAAGAGAAAGGAGCCACCCUGGGCAUCAGCUUAAACUGAAACUAAUGCUGGCCAUACAUGCCCACUGGCUGAACGACAGAUCAACUUCGGUCUAAUGGGAAUGACCACAGACUGAUUGGAUUUUGGAUGGUCCCUCCUGAACUAUGUGUAUGGCCAGCUUAAGGUUCGUAUGGGCUGAUCGCACACAGGUAUGACAAUGCCGUCGCUGUAUUGUAACGCUGAGUGACAGUAUCUGGCAGGAUCAAAAGGACACGAUGAACCAUUUAAAUCUGUCUUUUGCGGCCUGUGGAUUUCUUGGGAUUUACCACUUGGGGGCAGCAUCUGCGCUUUUAAAACACGGUCAGAAAAUGCUGAAGACUGUCAGGAUUUUCGCUGGAGCUUCUGCAGGUUCCCUGGUUGCUGCAGUUAUGCUAACUGCACCGCACAAGAUCAAGGAAAGUAAGGAUUUCAUUUUCCAGUUUUCUGAAGAUGUUAGAAAACAAACAUUUGGAGCACUUACACCAAGAUAUGAUUUUCUGAAAUACUUAAGGGAAGGCAUAGAAACUAUUCUCCCUGCUAAUGCUCAUGAUGCAGCUCAGAACCGUCUCUACAUAUCAGUCACUAACACCAAAAGCUGGGAGAAUUCCCUGGUUUCAAGUUUUGCCUCUAGAGAAGAGCUUGUUGAGGUACUCUUGGCAAGUUGUUUUGUGCCGGUAUAUGCUGGUAGUAAUGCUGUGGAAUAUAAAGGCGAGAAAUGGUUUGAUGGUGGAUUUUCAAACAGUCUUCCUAUUAUGCCAACUGGACGAACUAUAACUGUAUCACCAUUUUCUGGUCUUCAAGAUAUUUGCCCUAAAGAUAAGACACAUGCGGAUAUGUAUAUUAAGGUUGCAAACCAGGACAUGCUGCUAUCAGCAGCAAAUUUCCAAAGAAUCAGCCAUGCGUUGUUUCCGCCAAACCAAGCCAAAAUGGAGUUUGUUUUUCAAGAUGGAUUUGAAGAUGCAGUGAACUUUUUGCAUUCAGAGAAUUGGGGCAGAAGAAGACACAGACAAGAUGACUUUUUAGACAAGCAAAACUCAGUGAUCAAAGGAUUUUAUGGGUUAUGCAAGUAGUAAGGACUUUAGUUUUAUGAGAUGUACAAGUGACAGAGAUUUGCAAAAAAAAAAUGUUAUGGAUUAAAUAAAUAAAAAAUGUGUGUACACAGUGAUUUACAAAAACCGGAGGGUGCAAAAUCUGGAGCAGCU